UCGUUGACUUUGAGAAAUCCACAGAUUUUCGUUGAUUUCACUUUUCAGGAUUUGUGACAUUUUCGCCAGAAAUCGUUUAGUAGAGUACGAAAUCCCUUUUGUCGUUGAAGUAGAAAUUGUCAAGGUUUAUUUGUAUCUCAUCAGUUGAUCGCAAAAUGGGUCGUGGUGGUAAACGAGUUUACGUUGGGAAUCUGCCAUCGGACGUGAGAGAAGGCGAUAUCCGAGACUUUUUCCGCAAAUAUGGAAAAAUCGUCAACAUGGAGCUGUUCAGUAAGCAGAACGGGCCGCCGUUUGCUUUCGUGGAGUUUGACGAUUCACGGGAUGCUGAAGAUGCCGUACACGAUCGGGAUGGGUAUGAUAUGGAUGGGAACCGCGUGCGUGUGGAGUUUCCCCGGGAGCAUCGCGGCUCCGACGGCGGACGCUUCGUUAAUUCGCGUUCAGGCGGCGAUCGCAACUAUCCGUCACGCAACAACUCCAGCCGAUAUGGGCCACCACGCCGCUCCAAAUACCGUCUGCUGGUUUCAGGUCUGCCCAAAUCCGGCAGUUGGCAGGAUCUGAAGGAUCAUAUGCGGGAAGCGGGCGAUGUCUGCUAUGCGGAUGUCAAUAAGGACGGCACCGGCAGUGUGGAGUUUGUCCGUCGUGACGACAUGGACUACGCCAUCAAGAAGCUGGACGACACCAAGUUCCGAUCUCACGAGGGAGAAACAUCAUACAUCCGCUUGAAGCCGGCGGAAGGCGGCCGCGGCGGCAGUCAUUCCCGUUCGCGCUCCCGCUCCCCACGCAGCCGCAGCCGGACCCCCGUGCGCGCCAAACGCAACGACUCGCCAGCGCGCGGGGAUGAUGGCGCCGCCAGCGACCGCGACAGUAAGCGCAAGAAGGAGGCGUCGCGUUCGCGCAGUCGCUCGGCGCAUUCGCACUCGCGCAGCAAGACACCGGCGUCCCGCAGCAAGAGCCCGGCUUAAUGGGUGGACCACCAACAACUUCCACCUCCGGGCCACCACAUACAUUCACCUCUACUGGAUACGUCGUUUUACUAUCAGGAAAUUGUUGGUUGACGGGGAAUAUUGUCGCGCUGGCGAAUGCGUAUUGUUAAGGCAUAAUUGUGGCUGUUUUCGCUUUAUUUAUCGGUUGCCAUGUUUUUUCCUGCUGUAAUCAGGUCUCAUCGGAAAUGUUUGUUAACUUUUUAUGACGCGCAUCGUAAUGCAUAGCGGGUAUCCGCUUUUUGUUUGUUUUUGGUGGCGUCGUGGGAACUUUUAUGAGACUUCCAUUUCACUGCUGUAUAUUUUUAUGUAGUUGGCGUUUUAUUUUAUCCGUUUAUUUUGGAAUUUUGUGGAAGCAGUACAUUGAAUUGGAAUCAAUUAAACUGUUGGAAACGG